AGUGCGGCGUCUUGCACCGUGCGCAAGCGUGUUCGUGUCUAGCGGACCCGUUGUGUUACACCGGCGAGUUGUGGGGAAUUCGUUGAGCUUUCGCUUUCGUUCGUGUUUCAGUCGCUUUUUUGUGUGAGUGUGUGCUGAUAUUUUUAUUUACUUUUUUUGUUGUGUUUUGUGUUUUCGCUGUAGGCGUCGUGUCUUCGUCGAAAGCGUCGUUUUCCCCCCGCAGUUUCGCGUGCUUGUGUCACUCGCCAGAGAGUGGCCAGUGCUUGCUGUGAAUCAAUCGCGGUGCACCGCAGCAGCUGUGCGUGUGCCUCCGAGUGCGCGUCUCGGCCAUGUUUCCAGCCUGACCCGGCUGGUUGGUUGCGCUUGGGCGAGUUAGCGUACGCAGGCAGGGGCAGGGGUGUCGUAGAGCGGGCAGACACGCCCCUAUCCCCCUCCGACGGGCCACCGGCUCGGAGCGGCUCUGGGCCUGCGAGUGAGUGAUGCGCGCUUACGCGUUCCGGUUCAUGUGAUUGGCGUGCAUGGGCAGUGAGUGACAAGUGCACGAGUGACAGCGAAGCUAUCCCAAACAUUCGCGUACCGGCUCCAGGCGAAGAUGGCUGACGACGAGGUGCUCUUCGACGACGUCUACGAACUUUGCGAGAUUAUUGGAAAAGGCCCAUUCAGCGUGGUGAGGAGAUGCAUCCACCGGCAGACGAACCAACAAUUCGCGGUGAAGAUCGUGGACGUUGCCAAGUUCACGUCGAGUCCUGGUCUCAGCACGUCAGACUUAAAGCGUGAGGCCACCAUCUGCCACAUGCUAAAACAUCCUCAUAUAGUCGAGCUCCUUGAGACAUACAGCUCGGAAGGAAUGCUGUACAUGGUCUUCGAAUACAUGGAUGGCUCGGACCUGUGUUUCGAGGUGGUUCGCCGGGCGACGGCGGGCUUCGUGUACAGCGAGGCGGUGGCGAGUCACUAUAUGCGGCAGAUUUUGGAGGCGCUCAGAUACUGCCAUGAGAACGACAUCAUCCACCGGGACAUCAAGCCCCACUGCGUGCUGCUGGCUUCCAAGGAGAACUCGGCGCCUGUGAAGCUGGGUGGCUUCGGCGUGGCCAUUCAGCUGCAAGACGGGCAACUUAUCAACGGCGCGGCGGGGCGCGUGGGCACGCCGCACUUCAUGGCGCCGGAGGUGGUGCAGCGUCGCCAGUACGGGAAGCCGGUGGACGUGUGGUCGGCGGGCGUGCUGCUGCACAUCCUGCUGAGCGGCACCCUGCCCUUCCUGGGCACGCGCGAGCGCCUCUACGACUGCAUCUGCCGCGGCAAGCUCUACCUGGAUUCACCUCAGUGGGAGUUCAUCAGUGAUGCUGCGAAAGACCUUGUUCAGAAAAUGCUUACAGUAGAUCAGAAUCAACGAAUAACUAUUCAGGAAGUUUUGAAUCACAGAUGGGUUAAAGAUAGGGAUAAGUCUGCUCCAAAAAUCCAUCUUAAUGAUACUGUAGAAGAAAUGAAAAAGUUUAAUGCAAGAAGAAAAUUAAAAGGUGCAGUGUUAGCAGCAGUGUCUUCCCCUAAAUGGACAUCUUUCUAUUCAGAUCCUAAUAGUGAUGGGUUCUCUGACUUCGGAGAUGAUGAAGUCACAUCUUCGGUGAUAGUAAUUCAAUACCAUGAACAUUAA